AUGACCUUGUCGUCGGCCGGGCGCGCGCCACCGCCGAUCACCUUGGUCACGCUGCUGGCCGAGCCGCCCUUGAUGCUCAGCGCGUCCUCGCACACGUCCUCCCACCACACGUUCUGGAUCGUGCAGCCGUUCUGCUCGCAGUGCACGCCCUCCAUUUGGUCCUUGCCGAUGAUCACGUUCUUGAGCGUGGCACCGGGCUCCACCAUGAAGACGGCCGUCUGCCACCCGCUCUCCUUCUGGCCGCCGCACUUGACGUUCGAGCGCGCGUACGUCUUCAUGCCACCGUCGAAUGUCUGGCCCUUCUUAACCGUGUACGGAUCCUUCAGGUAG